AUUGUAGUCCACGGAUAACUCGGGCUGGGUGAACUCAUCAGGAGCGAUCUUUGCAUUGGUGUACUUGGCGCUAAUGCAAUUGAUAGUGUUAUUUUUUGUAUCAAUCAAUUGUUAAUAAAAAUGUAAAUCAAAGUACAGAGACUCUGUCUUUAUUUUAUUAAAAAAUACAGUAAGAAUGAACCUUGUACAAAUAAAUAUGAGUGAUCACGAAAAAAUAUUGGAACACUUAGAACAAGUUGAAUAUAAAGCUGGUGAGAUUCUCACUGAUCUCGACGAGAUAGUCGCUCUGGAUAAACGAAGGAACGAUAAUCGCGUUGGAAUGAAAUUCCUAGAAAAAGAGCCGUAUAAAAAAACGUGGAUAACGGUGGGUCCAUUGCUGCUGAAGAUGCAAUCUAUAGAACUGCUCAAGAAAGAUAAUUUUUCCUAAAUUCAUGCUAUUGGAGAGAAAGUAAUAACACAAUUAAUAAGAUAAGAGGGUUUACUUAAAGAUAAAAGUAAACGAAUUACGCGAUUUAGAGUUAAUUCCACCGGCAUCUGGAAUUAUGUUAAAUCCUAUAUCCCACAAAGAAAUGGAGGCAAUGAAUCAAGUAUUAGGUCGAAGUGUUUAAUAUGCAUAAAAUCAACAAAU